CGGAUGUCCAGCUCGUCCUUGCCGAGAGGUGGGGAGGAGCCGCCGGAGCCGGAACCUGCUGCUGGGCGGGCUGGCUGCAAACACAGUUGAACAGAUACCACUGAUACUGUCUGAUUCCAAACAAGAUGAACACAUUGUCAUUGCUGCUAAGAUUCCCUCACUACCGUUUUCUUAGAAAGAUUUCUUUCAAAAGCUUCCACUCAAAUUUCACUCCUGGAUCAUUAUUUCCAUAUAUUCCAUCUUUUAAUUCAGUAUGCUUGUAUUGUACAAAGUGGAUGUUGCCAGCAAGUGAUUUGAAAAGAGGGAUGUGUUAUCAAGCAACCGUAGACCAACAAACACAGGGACUUUGUGACAAGGAACAGAGACUUGUAGACAAACUUUACAGUGGAUUAAUCAAAGGGCACAGAGCCUGCUUGGCAGAGGCCAUUACUCUCAUAGAAUCAACUCAGAGCAGGAAAAAGGAGAUAGCCCAGGUGCUCAUUCAGAAGGUAUUAUCCUACCACAGAGAACAAGAAAAGUUAAAUAAAGGAAAACCACUAGCCUUUAGAGUGGGAUUGUCUGGUCCCCCUGGUGCUGGGAAAUCAACAUUUAUAGAAUGCUUUGGGAAAAUGCUUACAGAGAGGGGACACAAAGUGUCUGUGCUGGCUGUGGACCCUUCCUCUAGCACAAGUGGUGGCUCACUCUUGGGUGAUAAAACACGGAUGACUGAGUUGUCAAGGGACAUGAAUGCUUACAUCAGGCCAUCUCCAACCAGGGGGACGUUAGGAGGUGUGACUAGGACCACAAAUGAAGCUAUUCUGCUAUGUGAGGGAGGAGGCUAUGACAUCAUUCUUGUGGAAACAGUAGGUGUGGGGCAAUCAGAGUUUGCAGUUGCUGAUAUGGUUGAUAUGUUUGUUUUGCUGCUACCACCAGCAGGAGGAGAUGAGUUACAGGGUAUUAAACGGGGUAUAAUUGAGAUGGCAGAUCUAGUUGCUAUAACUAAAGCUGAUGGGGAUUUAGUUGUGCCUGCGCGGCGGAUACAAGCAGAAUAUGUUAGUGCUAUGAAACUACUUCGCAAGCGCUCUAAGGUUUGGAGACCAAAGGUAAUGCGCAUGUCUGCUAAAACUGGAGAAGGCAUUUCAGAUAUGUGGGAUAAGAUGACAGAAUUUCAUGAUCUCAUGCUUACAAGUGGUGAGUUGAUCACCAAACGACGGAAACAGCAGAAAGUGUGGAUGUGGAAUCUAAUCCAAGAAAAUAUGCUGGACCAUUUUCGGAGUCAUUUAGCAGUGAGGGAUAAGAUUCCACUUUUAGAAGAAAAGGUUCUCAGUGGUGUCUUGGCUCCAGGGCUGGCAGCAGACCUAUUACUGAAAGCAUUCAAAGACAGACCUUAAGAUACCAUGUUCUACUGUGUCAUUGAUCAAUUUGCACAAAUUAUUUAAACAUUAAAUAAAAUUUUCCUAAGCAUGGCUUCAAAUCUUUUACUGCAGCAUACUUGAAUGUAGCCCUAGACUAAAUUUAUUUUUUGACUCAGGCAAACAUAAUGCACAUGAGGAACAAAGCUAGUUUCUGGGACUACCACAGAUUAUAUUCAAAAAGAAAAAUGUAUGCUUCUAAAACUCUUAUUUGAGUACAGCAUUGUUAAGGAUGUUUUAAAGCUUUUAAUGAGAUUGUAAUAGAAAUUGUUAAAACAAAGUAACUUUGUGGUACCGUGUGUCACAGUAAGCUAGUUUUGCCUGUGUUCCAGAUAUUUCAGCACUUGUCCUGUUAUAUUUACCAACAAAACCCCCAUACAAAACAAGGGUAGGUGCAACUAAAACUGCUCUUGGGCUCAUCUAAAUGUCUUUCAGUGGAGGGGACAUCUGUUUACAUGACUGUUACAUUUUACAGUGCAUACAUGACCUGUCUGUAUAACUUACCAAAAACCUGAUUCAGU